GAGUGUAUAUAUUUUCACAAUUAUUGCUGUAAAAUUUGGUAUAAAAACGAAAUUUCAGUCAGUCUUCGUUAAUUUCGAAGAAAUGAAGUUAUUCGCGCUAUUGAUUCUAACUCUCGCAUCAAUUUUGAUUGAAGCCGAUCCAGGCGAUCCCGAUAUACUUUCCGAAAUUUUAGAAGAAAAGGCCAGAUUAGAUGAAUUGGAAACAAGUUUGAUAAAUAAAUCGAUUCAGUUUUCGUUUGAUGAACAAUUAUUAAAGGCUUAUGAUGAGAAAAUUGAAUCCUCGUCUUUAUUAUUUGAAAGAAAGUUAAAACAGGCCAAAGCAGCUUUAAUGGAAGUAAAUGAAAAAAUUGCAGACAUCAAUCGUCAUAUAUUUAUGAAAUUUCUUAAUGAAGGAACUCUAAUGGUGCGUGUUUUUGAUAAUCAAUCGAUGAAAGAUUUAGUACGGUUUAUUUGGGCGACAAACAUGAAUACAAAAUCCGAACUUGAAUCUUUGCUAGAUAUUAAAAGCCGUUUGCAUGAUUUAACUUUAGCAAUGAAUAUUUUCAAAUACCAAACAUUUAAUUGCGAAAAAAAUUUCCUGUAUUUGACGUGUGACGAUUUUCGAAAAUUAAAAGACGUAUCCUCCGCAUUUUUGUUACACACACCGAAUAAUGAGAAAAAUCUUGGAGGAACAAGUAGCUCUGUCAAGAAGAACAUUUUUAUACCAGCUGAAAAGUUUCCAAACUCCAAUGAUGCACGCACUACGAGUCUGUUAAAUUGCAUUUGGAAACAUUAUGAACAAUAUAAGCAGUUCCGAGACUCGCACACAUCUAAAAUUCAAAGUUUGAUAAUGGUGCUAGAAUUACUACAUCCACAACACUACAACUAGAUUUUGGGGAACAAAACGAAAAAAAUUGUAAAAUGGAAUUAACACCACAUUGUUGUAAUCUUCAAAUAAGAUAAUAAACGACUAAAAAAUA